CCGGGUCAAACCUUUUCAAGAAAAAUGGCAGGAAAAGCUCAGCCAGCAUUCUGUCAGGGUUCAACCACCCUGGAGAUUCCCAUGAGUCUCCACAAGGAAAACCGCCAACGACUGUGUGAAAGACUUCGUAAUGCUCCUGGUUACCAAAAGGGGUCACUAGUGCUGCUACAAGGAGGCGAGUCUAAACUUCGCUACUGCAGUGACCAUGAACCAGUGUUCAGACAGGAAUCAUAUUUCCACUGGACAUUUGGGGUGCUGGAGCCUGAUGCAUAUGGAGCCAUAGAUGUAGAUUCGGGAAAGUCAAUUAUAUUCAUGCCAAAAUUGCCAGAUUCAUAUGCUGUUUGGAUGGGAAAGUUGUUUACCCAAGGAGACUUCCAGAAGAAAUACCACACAGAUGAAGUCCAUUGGGUGCCUGAGCUUGCCAAUGUUCUAAAAGAGCUGAAACCAAGUGUACUGCUGACAUUGCAUGGCCUCAACACAGACAGUGGAAAUUUUUGUAGAGAAGCAGCAUUUGAUGGAAUCAGUGAGUUCACAGUAGAUAACAAGUUUCUUCAUCCACAGAUCAUGGAAUGCCGCGUCUUCAAAAGUCCACAAGAAAUAGAGAUUUUACGCUACACAAACAAAAUCAGCAGCGAGGCUCACAAAGAGGUAAUGAGGUCUGUUCGUCCUGGAUUGAUGGAGUACCAAAUGGAAUCAGUAUUUUCUCACUAUUGCUACAAGAUUGGCGGUAUGAGACAUUGCUCAUAUACCUGCAUAUGUGGAAGUGGAAACAAUGGGGCCACCCUACAUUAUGGGCACGCAGGGGCUCCAAAUGAUAAGAAAAUCAACGAUGGAGAUAUGUGUCUUUUUGACAUGGGUGGUGAAUACUAUUGCUACACAUCUGAUAUCACAUGCUCUUUCCCUGCAAAUGGCAAGUUCACAGAAAAACAGAAGGACAUCUAUAAUUCAGUAUACAAGUCAAGCCGAGCUGUCAUGAAAGCUUUGAAACCAGGUGUCAAUUGGACAGACAUGCACCGACUGGCUGACAGGGUUCACUUAGAAGAGCUGAAGUGUCAUGGAUUGUUGAAAGGAGAUAUAGAUGACAUGGUGAAAGCUAAACUUGGUGCUGUGUUCAUGCCUCAUGGCUUGGGCCACUUUAUGGGAUGUGAUACACAUGAUGUAGGGGGUUACCCUGAGGGAGUUGAGAGAAUAGAGGAGCCUGGAUUGAGGAGCUUAAGGACUGCAAGAGACAUUGAGUCAAAUAUGUGUUUGACAAUAGAACCAGGAAUAUAUUUCAUAGACUGCCUUCUUGAUGCUGCCUUGGAGAAUCCAGAGCAGAACUGCUUCAUGGUGAGAGAAGUUAUCGACACAUUCCGAGGGUUUGGUGGGGUGCGUAUUGAAGAUGACAUUGUAACAACAGAAGAUGGUAUGGAACUACUGACAUGUGUCCCCCGCACUGUCGAGGAGAUUGAAGCCUGCAUGGCAGAAGGAAGAAGAAAUGAAACAAAGGAACAAUAAAUAAACCACGAAUACCAUGCUGAGCAGGGUGUGCCAUAAGCAUUUUUGAAUGCUACUAGUUUUAUGAACUAUGCAUGUCAUGUACAUUUCAAUGUUGACAUAAUCAGCUAAUCGAUAUAUACUUAUUGUCCCAAAGGUGCCUUGUAUCCUGAUGCUGAUUUUGUUUUGGAAUGCAAAAUGGUGGAAUUAUCAACUACAUAACUGGACAAAUAAGAAAUGUAGCUCGAUUAAAUUUUCAUGAGAUUUUAAGCUGAAUUCAUCUUAUUUGACAUUAGAGAUCAAAAUUCAUGAGGCGGCCAUUUUCAUUAAUAUAAGGUACAUAAAAUAACUAUAAUUAUUCCCAGGUGUUGAGGAUGAUUCAGAGUAGCCAAACCAGUAGCACCAUAUAAGGAGUUAGUAACAAUAGCACCAUAUAAGGAGUUUGUAACAGUAGUAUACAUUAACCCAAUCGGACUAUAAAUGUGACAUAGACUUAAAUAUCAGUGAAUUGAAAUUGUGAAAUGAGAGAGCAAAAUAAAAUGUUAAAAAGGCAAGUAUGGCAAUGUUUAGCAAAACUUCAAGCCUUAUUUUCCGGGCCUCUUUAUAAGAAAAUCCGGUAUUUUGUUUCACAGGGUCUUUUAUCGAGAUCUGUUUUAGUUUUAUUUCAACAUAUACUUUGUGCAAUAUAAUACUCUGAUAGAAUAUUUGCUCAUGAUCUUCAAUCAAAU